AUAAGAUAGCACAUCGGUGGGGGAGAGAAGAGAGUGUCGAAGCUUGGUGAUGCAGAGAAGCUUUUAGGAAGCACGCUAAGGGCCGGAUUCCAGCCACAACUCCCUAGGAAAGUGACGACACUCAUUAGUAUACCCACUGCGAAUGCCCACUGCGAAAGGCAUCCUGGAAGAGAUGUGAUCACCAUCAUGGCCGCCAAGGGCUUGUCUCGUUGCUUGUUGCUGCGGAUGCCUCUCAAGCCUCUCCAGCCUGUUUGAUCGCAGUCAUCACAAUCACCACCAUCAUGUCUCUUGAGCUCCUCGAGGCGGUGCCAGCCGACAGCGAGGCCAUUGCCUGCCUCUUUGCUCUCUCAUGGACGUCUCCAUUCACUCGCCUCCAAUUCGGUAACGUUGACACUGAUGAGCUGGCGCGCAGCAUGGCACCGCGCAUUGCAGACCACAUGAAGAAAUCGGCGAUGAAAUUCAUCGUAAUGAAGGACCAAGAGAGCGGAGAGAUCGCUAGUGUCGCGCAAUGGUCCGUUCCCGUAGAUGAUCAUCCGAACGAGCCCGAGAAAGAGACGCCUGAGGACGAGGCAGAGCGCCAAGAACUAGAGGACGAAGCCUAUAGGAAGAAACUGCCCGAGAACUCCAACAAGGACUUAAUUAUGAGGUUUACGCUCGGGACCAGGAAGUUGAGAGAGGAUGCUUUGGGCGAGCGAAAGCGUUACUUGCUUGAGAACCUCGCAACCCAUCCCUCCUAUCGCGGCCAAGGUCUUGCUUCGAAACUCAUAGAGUGGUCAUUCAUAGGAGCAGACGAGAAAGGCAUUGUUGUAUAUUUGGAUACUGCACUGGAUAACAAGGCGCUUCAGUUAUACAAGAAGCUAGGGUUCAAGGAAGUUGGCAGCACCACAAUUGAGGAUUUGAGCAUAUAUGGCGGGGAAGGAUCUGAGACGCAUGUUGCUUUGAUCAGGUACCCCAAGUAGAGAGACAAUCCUGAUGGCUCAAGAUCAGUAUAAAACUCGGAUACUAAUAUAAAAUCCGACUGGUGAGACAAGCAUUCUCUUGCCAGCCUAGAUCUUUCUUCUUUCACUCAUUCAUUCGCGUUCUUCAAUACAACUCCUCCAUUUCCUCAAACCCCGCGUAUUUCGAGGCACUCUUAUCACUCGUCACGUUUGCAAGAGAGAGCUGUUCAAAUCAAUAGGUAAUGGUACUGCUACCUAGGG